GGUAACUUAUUUUGAGGUACAAUGCUAUUCUGUGAUACACACGAAUGAAGGUAGCUGCAGUUGAGUUGAAACGUCAGAAAAAUGACAAUGUCAAACUGACAAGUAAAUUCAUUCUUUCAUUUUCUAAUUCGCUCCCAGUGGCAUUAUACGCGUUUUGUCGUAACUCACAAAAACGCAACGAUGUCGGGAGGACUAGAUAUCCUAGCCCUCAAUGAGGAAGAUGUCACCAAGAUGUUGGCAGCCACCACACAUCUUGGUUCAGAGAAUGUGCACUUCCAGAUGGAAACAUACGUGUACAAGCGUCGUUCCGACGGCACCCACGUGAUCAACCUCCGCCGCACCUGGGAGAAGCUGAUGCUGGCCGCCCGAGCGGUGGUCGCCAUCGAGAACCCCGCUGACGUGUUCGUCAUCUCGUCCCGUCCCUUCGGACAGCGUGCCGUGCUCAAGUUCGCCGCACACACUGGCGCCACGCCCAUUGCUGGACGUUUCACCCCUGGUGCCUUCACCAACCAGAUCCAGGCUGCUUUCCGUGAGCCUCGUCUGCUGAUCGUCCUGGACCCCGCUCAGGACCACCAGCCCAUCACUGAGGCGUCCUACGUCAACAUUCCCGUCAUUGCUUUCUGCAACACUGACUCGCCUCUGCGAUUUGUUGACAUUGCCAUCCCAUGCAACACCAAGUCAUCCCAUUCCAUCGGUCUGAUGUGGUGGAUGCUGGCGCGUGAGGUGCUGCGCCUGCGCGGCGUGCUCGCCCGCGACACCAGGUGGGACGUGGUCGUCGACCUGUUCUUCUACCGUGACCCUGAUGAGAGCGAGAAGGAGGAGCAGCAGGCUAAGGAACAGGCUGUCGUAGCUGCCAAGCCUGAGGUAGCGGCGCCUGUGCAUGAGGAGUGGGCCGAGCCCCCAGAAGCCGUGACCUCGUGGGCCGAGGACGGCGCCCCGGCCGCCGCCGCCGCGCCCGCCUUCGGUGCCGCCGCUGCUGCGCCUGCCGCCGCCGGCGCGCAGGAGGACUGGGCCGCUCAGGUCCAAGACGAGUGGGGCUCCACCGCGCCGCCCGCGGCCGCCGCCACCGCCACUCCCUCGUGGGGAGGCAACACCCAGGACUGGAGCGCGUCGUAAACGUUGACUUUUCAUCGUGACAAUAUACAGUCGUAAACACUA